GCCCUCCUGCCACAGGCCCCGGCCCGGCCUCUGCCCAGCUGCCGGAGCCGCUGCGCCCGGAGGAUGCGACGCACCACAGCGUUCUAAGAACAGAAGCAUCUGGGCUAGAUGGAAUUUAGCAUCAAAAAAAAUCCUCUUUCUGUUCAGAAAGUUGUAAAGUGCAUUAAGAUGAAGCAGGCACCAGAAAUCCUUGGCAAUACAAAUGGAAAGACUCAGAGCUGUGAAGUGAAUCGCGAGUGUUCGGUGUUCCUCAGCAAAGCCCAGCUUUCUAACAGUCUGCAGGAGGGUGUCAUGCAGAAGUUUAAUGGCCACGAUGCACUUCCCUUUAUUCCAGCUGAGAAGUUGAAGGAUCUUACUUCCCGUGUAUUUAAUGGAGAACCGGGCACUCAUGAUGCCAAAUUGCGUUUUGAACCCCAGGAAAUGAAAGGAAUGGGGACACCACCUAGCACUACCCCUGUCAAAAAUGGCUCUCCAGAAAUUAAGCUUAAAAUCACCAAAACAUACAUGAAUGGGAAACCUCUCUUUGAAUCUUCCAUCUGUGGUGACAGUGCUGAUGUGUCCCAGUCAGGAGAAAAUGGACAAAAACCAGAGAACAAGGCGAGGAGGAACAGGAAGAGGAGUGUAAAGUAUGAUUCCUUACUGGAGCAGGGCCUUGUCGAAGCAGCCCUAGUGUCUAAGAUCUCAAGUCCUUCCGAUAAAAAGAUUCCAGUUAAGAAAGAGUCCUGCCCAAACACUGGCAGAGACAAAGAACAUCUGUUGAAAUAUAACAUCGGUGAUUUGGUGUGGUCCAAAGUGUCGGGUUACCCUUGGUGGCCUUGCAUGGUUUCUGCAGAUCCACUCCUUCACAACUAUACCAAACUUAAAGGUCAGAAAAAGAGUGCACGCCAGUAUCAUGUACAGUUCUUUGGUGAUGCCCCAGAAAGAGCUUGGAUAUUUGAGAAGAGCCUUGUAGCUUUCGAAGGAGAAGGACAAUUUGAAAAAUUAUGCCAGGAAAGUGCCAAGCAGGCACCCACGAAAGCUGAGAAAAUUAAGCUGUUGAAACCUAUUUCAGGGAAACUGAGAGCCCAGUGGGAGAUGGGCAUUGUUCAAGCAGAAGAGGCUGCAAGCAUGUCAGUAGAGGAGCGGAAAGCCAAGUUUACCUUCGUUUAUGUGGGGGACCAGCUUCAUCUCAACCCUCGAGUGGCUAAGGAGGCUGGCAUUGCUGCGGAGUUUUCAGGAGAAAUGGCAGGAUCCUCAGGAGUCAGUGAAAAAGCUGCUGAAAACCCCAAGUUUAUGAGAGAAGAGGGCAUUCCCAUGAAGAGAAGGCGGAGAACCAAACCAUCUAGCUCUGCUGAGAACCAGGAGAGUGACCCUGGCACUGUAAGGAACAGUCCUCAAAAGAUGGCAGAGGUGGACCUCAAAAGAGGAGUUGGGUCUCCUCCUGGGAGGAAGAAGGCCAUGGCCUCCACUCCACGAAGCAGGAAGGGAGAUGCAGCAUCCCAGUUUUUGGUCUUCUGUCAAAAGCAUAGGGAUGAGGUGUUUGCCGAGCACCCAGAUGCUUCAGGUGAGGAGAUUGAAGAAUUGCUCGGAUCGCAGUGGAACAUGCUCAAUGAGAAGCAGAAAGCACGCUAUAACACCAAAUUUGCCCUAGUGACCUCUGCCCAGUCUGAAGAAGAUUCUGGUAACUUAAAUGGGAAAAAAAGAAACCACACAAAGAGGACACAGGACCCUACAGAUGGUGUUGAAGUUGAGGAUGCACCCAGGAAAAGACUCAGGACGGACAAGCAUAGUCUUCGGAAGAGAGACACAAUCACUGACAAAACGGCCAGAACAAGUUCUUACAAGGCCACAGAGGCAGCCUCCUCACUCAAGAGCCAGGCAGCAACGAAAAAUCUGUCUGAUGCAUGCAAACCACUGAAGAAGCGAAAUCGAGCUUCUGCGACAGCAUCUUCGGCUCUUGGGUUUAGCAAAAGUUCAUCUCCUUCUGCAUCCUUAACUGAGAAUGAGGUCUCAGACAGCCUGGGAGACGAGCCUUCGGAGUCACCAUACGAAAGCGCAGAUGAAACACAAACUGAAGUGUCCGUCUCGUCUAAAAAGUCUGAGCGAGGAGUGACCGCCAAAAAGGAGUACGUGUGUCAGCUGUGUGAGAAGACAGGCAGCCUCUUGUUGUGUGAAGGCCCCUGCUGUGGAGCUUUCCACCUCUCCUGCCUCGGGCUUUCCCGGAGACCAGAAGGGAGGUUCACCUGUAGCGAGUGCACCUCAGGGAUUCACUCGUGUUUCGUGUGUAAGGAGAGCAAGACAGAUGUUAAGCGCUGUGUCGUAACUCAGUGUGGAAAAUUUUACCACGAGGCGUGUGUGAGGAAAUUCCCUCUGACGGUGUUUGAAAGCCGAGGCUUCCGCUGCCCCCUGCACAGCUGUGUGAGCUGCCAUGCUUCAAACCCUGCGAACCCAAGGCCAUCGAAAGGUAAAAUGAUGCGGUGUGUCCGCUGCCCUGUUGCGUAUCACGGAGGAGACGCUUGUUUGGCAGCAGGAUGCUCAGUGAUUGCUUCCAACAGCAUCAUCUGCACGGGCCACUUCACUGCUCGGAAGGGGAAGAGGCACCAUGCCCACGUCAAUGUGAGCUGGUGCUUCGUGUGCUCCAAAGGGGGGAGCCUCCUGUGCUGUGAGUCCUGCCCAGCGGCCUUCCACCCGGACUGCCUGAACAUCGAGAUGCCCGAUGGCAGCUGGUUCUGCAAUGACUGCAAGGCUGGGAAGAAACUACACUUCCAAGAUAUUAUUUGGGUUAAACUUGGGAACUACAGAUGGUGGCCGGCAGAAGUUUGCCAUCCCAAAAAUGUUCCCCCAAAUAUUCAGAAAAUGAAGCACGAGAUUGGAGAAUUCCCUGUGUUUUUCUUUGGGUCUAAAGAUUAUUAUUGGACGCAUCAGGCUCGAGUGUUCCCGUACAUGGAGGGGGACCGGGGCAGCCGCUACCAGGGGGUCAGAGGGAUCGGAAGAGUCUUCAAAAACGCUCUGCAAGAAGCUGAAGCUCGUUUCCGUGAAAUUAAACUUCAAAGGGAAGCCAGAGAAACACAGGAGAGUGAGCGCAAGCCCCCACCGUACAAGCACAUAAAGGUGAAUAAACCUUAUGGGAAAGUCCAAAUCUACACAGCUGAUAUUUCUGAAAUCCCGAAAUGCAACUGUAAGCCCACAGAUGAGAAUCCUUGUGGCUUUGAUUCAGAAUGUUUAAACAGGAUGCUGAUGUUCGAGUGCCACCCGCAGGUGUGUCCUGCGGGAGAGUACUGCCAGAACCAGUGUUUCACCAAGCGCCAGUACCCAGAGACCAAGAUCAUCAAGACCGAUGGCAAAGGGUGGGGCCUGGUCGCCAAGAGGGACAUCAGAAAGGGAGAAUUUGUUAAUGAGUAUGUUGGGGAGGUGAUUGAUGAAGAGGAGUGCAUGGCAAGAAUCAAGUAUGCACAUGAGAACGACAUUACGCACUUCUACAUGCUUACUAUAGACAAGGACCGUAUAAUUGAUGCUGGCCCCAAAGGAAACUAUUCUCGGUUUAUGAACCACAGCUGCCAGCCCAACUGCGAGACCCUCAAGUGGACAGUGAACGGGGAUACUCGAGUGGGCCUGUUUGCCGUGUGCGACAUUCCUGCAGGGACGGAGUUGACUUUUAAUUACAACCUCGAUUGUUUGGGCAAUGAAAAAACGGUCUGUCGGUGCGGAGCCUCUAAUUGUAGUGGAUUCCUCGGGGAUAGACCAAAGACCUCAACAUCCCUUUCUUCAGAGGAAAAGGGCAGAAAGACCAAGAAGAAAACCAGGCGGCGCAGAGCAAAAGGGGAAGGGAAGAGGCAGUCCGAGGACGAGUGCUUCCGCUGUGGCGAUGGUGGCCAGCUGGUGCUGUGCGACCGCAAGUUCUGCACCAAGGCCUACCACCUGUCCUGCCUGGGCCUGGGCAAGCGGCCCUUCGGGAAGUGGGAGUGUCCUUGGCAUCAUUGUGAUGUGUGUGGCAAACCUUCAACUUCGUUCUGCCACCUUUGCCCCAAUUCAUUUUGUAAGGAACACCAAGAUGGGACAGCCUUCAGCUCUACCAAGGAUGGGCAGUCCUACUGCUGUGAGCAUGACUUGGGGCCAGAAUCAGUCAGAAGUGUCAAGACUGAGAAACCCUUUCCAGAACCAGUGAAGUCAAAGGGGAAGAGGAAGAAAAGGAGGUGUUGGCGGAGGGUCACAGAAGGCAAAUAGCAUCAGGUGGCAGCUUGGCCAGAUCCAGGGGCGGUGUGGGGCAGCCAGCCCUGCCUGCAGGGAGAGGGCGAGCAUGGGACUGGCCCAGAGGACCCAGCUCACGGCAGCCAGGACAGAUGCAUAGGCCUCCUCGGGAGGGAGCGCCUGCCCACCACUGAGCCAUCCUCAGCAGCGUCCGCUGCGUCUGCACUGAUGACCGUCAGAGUACAGCUCGGCGUUCCAGGACAAACCAGCCUUACUACACAGCAUUACAGCAACACUUGAAUUUCUAAGAAUGUCAAGGUUCCCUCCCACUCUAUUUUUUUAGGUUAAAGUUAUGAUUGAAAGUUAAUUGGCAUAUGAAAUGUUUUUUAUCUCAUCUGAAGUGUAUAGAAUAGUAUUUUUUCUAAAGCAUCACUAUUAACUCUGACCUUAAUGUUACUCCGCUUCCGCUUACAGCGUUGUCAUCACUCAGGAGAGACCAGGGUGGGCCUGUGCAAGGACUCGGACCCUGGAUUCCUUGGAAACCAUGAUUUUGAUUAUUUUGCUCUUUUGAAACAGCUGGGGUUUUUUUUGUUUUUUGGUACUAAUGUGAAUUUUUCCUCAAUGCUUCUUUUCCAUCCUAGUGAGAAGCUGGCCGUGCAGAUGGUGGUAGUGAUAGUGUUGUAGUAAGAUUUUUCUCCUGUAGCCUUUUCUCUUCAUGGAUUUGAACUAAAUGCCAGUAACCUGUCCACGUUCAGAGUGCAGGUCAUGCAGCGCAGCCUUUCCCAGCCUGGCCAGGUCGUGCCACUUCCCACCUGGGCCUAUCUUCUGAACUCUUAUCAACAUCUGGGGGAAAACUAUAUAUAUUUUUUUCAUUUGGCUUCUCUUUACUAGUUCUGGUUUUUAUUCUCAAUAUAUUUUUGCUAAACCCAUUCCACAAAUCA